CUGGAAAGACGGGUUGUUUAGCUGAAUCAAGUCAUAGUUUAUUGUGCUUUUUCUAUUGCAUUUUCGGCAGAGAUCAAUUUUAUUGCGCAAAUAGUGACACUGAUAACGAAGAAUUCCGACUUAUCAGCAUUAUGCCCAGCGAAUGAACGGGAAACUUAAAAGCGACGACUUAAAAGACUGAGAAAACAGCUUUCGAAGAUGUCUAAUUCGAAAGUUCCCCGUGGGUUGAUAAAUGAAGGAAUGACCUGCUAUCUGAAUGUAGUUCUCCAGACACUCUUCAUGACGGACAAAUUUAGAGAUCAUGUGCUGAGAUUGAGAAAUGAAGUCACUGGUCAAACCCCAGAAGAAAAGCUCUUAAAGGCUCUGGCUGAUUUAUUCAGGGGAUUACAGCAUUCACAAUCAGCAGUUUCCACAACAGAGGUCACACACGCUCUCAACAUCAUCAAUGUUCAUGAACAGAAGGAUGCAGCGGAAUAUCUGCAGAUGAUAUUAAACAAAGUUCCUAAGCCGUCAGAGAUUUUCAGAGGAAUCAAGGAGACAUCUUCAGAAUGUUCUCACUGCAAACAUGCCUGUAAAGAGGAGACUGAAUUUUUAUCCAUACCUCUGUCUAUUAAUGAGAAAGGAAAAUGUGAUGUGCAAAAUGCUUUGGAGGAGAAUUUUAAAGCCCAUGUCAUGAGUGGAGAUGAUCAGCUGUACUGUGUUAAAUGUGAAUCAAUGAGAGACAUGGAAACGGCAAGUAUUAUUUGCUUUUAUAACUAAUAUAUAUUGAUAAAAUGACCAAAGGAAUCUGAUUGUUUUAAAAGUGAAAACAAUAUGCAAUCGUCCCAGUUGAAGUUCAUAUUUUAAUUCGAAAUCUAUUAAACAAGUGUUAGGCACUUUAGACGCCAUUUUUUAAACAUUACUUUCAGUUUUCUUUUAAAGAAAUGCCUCUCUGAAUCAGUAUGCAAUGGGAGAAGGAUGAGAUCACAAAAAAAGGUGUAAUGACUUCUGAUCAAAGCAGCUUAUUUUGUAAUUUUGUCUGGCUCAGGUUAUUUGAACUUAAUGUAAAUAGACACACAAUUUUAUAUCAUGUGAUGCUUGAACAUGGUGUUUUUGGGUAGUUUAAAUGAGUUUGUAAAUUGUUAGAUUAGAACAAAAAUCUGUUUAUUAAUGCAUCCAAUCUAUGUGGCAGUAAGAUUCAUAAUAAUGCAAGGCUAUGUAAUUUGUGCUUUUGAAAGAAUGACUAUCUUUAUUUUCCUAUCAGAGAAAUCACAUUAAAAAGUGGCCAGAUAUUUUGACUCUGCAGCUGAAGAGAUUUGAGAUCAAGUACAAACGAAAUGUGAUUGACUAUCAGAAAAAUGAAUGCAGAGUUGAGAUUCCUUCAAAUAUUCAGUUCAAACAGGGAUCAAAGGAUGGAUUUUCCCCAGAGUAUGAGCUGUAUGCCAUCAUUAAGCAUUGUGGCUCAUUCUUUGUUGGUCAUUACUUCACACACAUUAAAGAUCUGAGUGGAAACUGGUAUUGUUUUAAUGAUAACACAGUCAGACAGAUUCCUAAUACAGACAAUCAAGGGAUCAGAUACGGCUCUGAAUCUGCAUAUCUGUUAAUGUACAUAAAAGUAUCAGAAAUCUUCAAACUGAGACUGAAGAAGGAGUUUCAAAAACUGAACGAUGUCUUCAUUGGACCUCACAUCACAGAGAAACCUGAUCUUCACAUCAGUGAUAUAAGAGAGUUUGAAGGCCAGAAUAUCAGGACCGUUUUGAUGAAGGGAGAUGCUGGAACUGGAAAAACUGUGACUGUGCAGAAGUUCAUCCUGGACUGGGCUGAAGAGAAAUCAAGCACUCAUAUUGAUUAUAUAUUCCCAAUACCUUUUCAGAAGCUGAACAUUAUCAGAGAGAAACUGAAGGAGUGUAGCUUCAUGGAGCUUCUGCAGCAAUGCUGUGAAAACACUGAAUAUCUGAAACUUCAUUACUCUGACAGGAUCAUGCUGAUCUUUGAUGGACUCAAUGAAUUUAAUGAUCCUCUGGAUUUCCAGAACAGAAAGAUUAUUACUGAUAUACACAAGCGAGCCUCAGUCUCUGAUCUACUAUCAAACCUGAUCAUGGGAAAUCUUCUUCCAGACGCUCAGAUCUGGAUCACCAGCAGACCUGCAGCAGCCAAUCCGAUUCCUGAUCGAUUUAUUGAUCGUGUGACAGAGAUCCAGGGCUUUGAUGAUCAACAGAAGCAGGAAUAUUUCAGAAGGAGCAGCAGUGAUCAGAGAAUGAGUGAUAAAGUCAUCAGACACAUCCAGAAAUCACCUCGCAUCAGCAGCAUGUGUUAUUCACCAGAUUACUGCAGAAUCAUCUCAGAGAUCCCAGAGAAGAUGUUCAGUACAGAUCCAGAUGAUUUCCCCAAGACUCUCACUCAGAUGUACAGCAGACUCCUGUUAGCUCAGACUGAACGGAUUCCACAGAGAAGAGAGAUCAUCAUAGCUCUGGGGAGAAUAGCGUUUCAUCUGCUGGUGAACAGAAACUCUCUCUUCUCUCAUGAAGAUUUGAAGAAAUGUGAGAUUAGAGAUGAGAGUGAUCUGAUACACUCAUCAAUCAUAAAGAAGAUUGAAGACAAAAGAAAGAGUACAUCCUUCUGUUUUGUGAAUCACAGAACACAGGAGUUUCUGGCAGCUUUAUAUGUGACUGAAGUCAUUAAUGUGAAUAAUCCACGCCAGCUCAGAGAUCUGUCCAGUCUGAAGCUUGACUAUGGAGAGAUGUGCUUCACAGAAUACUGCUUACUCCAGAACGUGAUGGACAACACUUUAGAAAGGCAGAUGGAUCUCUUCUUCUGCUUUCUGCUGGGUUUGACCCUGGAGUCCAGUCAGAGAGCUUUAAAAGACCUCCUGACAAAGAGAAGAAGAAGCUCUUCAUCCAGUCAACUCACAGUUCAACACAUCAAAACACUGAUCAUGAAGACUUCUCCAGAAAAUACAGACAAACACAGUCUCCUGUUUGAUGCUUUGAAAGAGCUGGAUGAACGAUAUUUAAUCCAGGAAAUAAAAACACAUCUGAAAUCUGGACUCGAACUCUCUCCUGCUCAGAUUUCAUCACUGUUGAUCUCAGAAGAACAGCAGAUUCAGUCACACCGAUCAGAGAAUCUGAGGAGAGCCAAGGGGACUCCAGGAUUGAGUGAUGCAUGCAUCCCUGGCCGAAAUGAACAUGCACAAUCAGAGAGUCCUGAACAAGAUGACACCCGCACCAAGCCAUCCAUGAUUAACCCAGAGAGCCAUACACAGAAUCCCUCCUCAGUAUUGGAAAUGUUCAAAAAGAGACUGAAGGAUGAGUUUCAGUAUCUGAAUAAAAAGCCAGACGAAGGACAAAAACCGAAUGAUGUCUUUAUUGAGCCACACAUCACAGAGAAACCUGAUUUCCACAUCAGUGAUAAGAGACAGAUCACAUGUAAAAACAUGUUCAAUAUCAGGACCGUUUUGAUGAAGGGAGAUGCUGGAACUGGAAAAAGUGUGACUGUGCAGAAGUUCAUCCUGGACUGGACUGAAGAGAAAUCAAACAGUGAUAUCAAAUAUAUAUUCCCAAUACCUUUUCAGAAGCUGAACAUUAUUAGAGAGACGGUGAAGAAGUGUAGCUUCAUGGAGCUUCUGCAGCAAUGCUGUGAAAACACUGAAUAUCUGAAACUUCAUUACUCUGACAGGAUCAUGCUGAUCUUUGAUGGACUCAAUGAAUUUAAUGAUCCUCUGGAUUUCCAGAACAGAAAGAUUAUUACUGAUAUACACAAGCGAGCCUCAGUCUCUGAUCUACUAUCAAACCUGAUCAUGGGAAAUCUUCUUCCAGACGCUCAGAUCUGGAUCACCAGCAGACCUGCAGCAGCCAAUCCGAUUCCUGAUCGAUUUAUUGAUCGUGUGACAGAGAUCCAGGGCUUUGAUGAUCAACAGAAGCAGGAAUAUUUCAGAAGGAGCAUCAGAGACCAGAGAAUGAGUGAUAAAGUCAUCAGACACAUCCAGAAAUCACCUCGCAUCAGCAGCAUGUGUUAUUCACCAGAUUACUGCAGAAUCAUCUCAGAGAUCCCAGAGAAGAUGUUCAGUACAGAUCCAGAUGAUUUCCCCAAGACUCUCACUCAGAUGUACAGCAGACUCCUGUUAGCUCAGACUGAACGGAUUCCACAGAGAAGAGAGAUCAUCAUAGCUCUGGGGAGAAUAGCGUUUCAUCUGCUGGUGAACAGAAACUCUCUCUUCUCUCAUGAAGAUUUGAAGAAAUGUGAGAUUAGAGAUGAGAGUGAUCUGAUACGCUCAUCAAUCAUAAAGAAGAUUGAAGACAAAAGCAAGAGUAAAUCCUUCUGUUUUGUGAAUCACAGAACACAGGAGUUUCUGGCAGCUUUAUAUGUGACUGAAGUCAUUAAUGUGAAUAAUCCACUCCAGCUCAGAGAUCUCUCCAGUCUAAAACCUGAGCUCGGAGAGUCCAAAUUCACAUACGAUUUCAGUCUCCAGGAUGUGAUGGAAAGUGCUUUAGAAAGACAGAUGGACCUCUUCUUCUGCUUUUUACUGGGUUUGACCCUGGAGUCCAGUCAGAGAGCUUUAAAAGACCUCCUGACACAGAGAAGAAGAAGCUCUUCAUCCAGUCAACUCACAGUUCAACACAUCAAAACACUGAUCAUGAAGACUUCUCCAGAAAAUACAGACAAAAAACAGCAUCUCCUGUUUGAUGCUUUGAAAGAGCUGGAUGAACGAUAUUUAAUCCAGGAAAUAAAAACACAGCUGAAGUCUGGACCCAGACUCUCUCCUGCUCAGAUUUCAGCUUUGAGUCCCGUACGUCGCUAACUCAGUUAGCUGGAUUUGAUUGUUGAUGAUUUGGCCUGAUCUUGGAUUGCUUGGUUCUUAGAAGCUCAUCCCGGAGCUGCUGUCAUAGCAACAAGUUCAUAAGAUUAAACCUGUUCUGGAGAAGCUUAUUUUUUGAAAACAGGAUUAGAUUGCAUAUUUUUUUUUAAGCAGAACUACAGUAAUAGUUAAAAUAUGUCUGCUAUCACUGUUAUUUUAUUACAAGAGCAUCCUACUGAUACAGCGACAAUAAUUAAAAAUAAUAAUAAUCAUUUAAUAAUUAAUUCAAAUAUAAUAUAUUAAUAUUGUGUAGUCUAUAAUACUAUAGACACAGACAGUUUUACUUGCUUGAAGAUUUAUUCAUCAUAAAAUAAUUACUUCAUAAUUGUAUUAGAGUCUUACACACAGAUAAAAUAGAGUUGUGUGUUAAUUUGAGUGAUGACAGAUAUUUUGGGAGUGGCUUGAUGGAGGCAGGACAUGCAGAAAACAUGAUCUUGACCCUUAAGAGACUUUAAUUCUGUCACGUUACAAAGCUGCUUCACAUAUUAAAUUAAAUACUACAUUGAAAUAAAAAUGUAAAGCCUCUACAAAUAUAAGAAAUCGUGAAUAUGAAUAAUUGGGAAUCAUGUAAAAAAACUUCAUCAAAUAAAACCUGCAAAUUUCAUUUAUCUUUUAUAACAUUUUUGUAGGUUUGUUCACUUGGCUAAAAAAUGGUUUAGGAAAUAUUACAAUAAUUCUGAUUAUAAAUAAUUAGCUGCUUUAUAAGCAAGAAGACUGAAACCCUGCUUGGAAGAAGUUAUGUCAUUCACACAAUCUAGCUUCAUGAAGGGUCGACACAAAUCAAAUAAUAUUCAUCUUGUUUUAGAUAUUUGAGAUUAAUCUGAGCUGAUUAAUGAUGACACUCUUAUUCUGUUUUUAGAUUUCUAUAAGGUGUUUGAUAAAGUAGAGCAUGCCUUCCUAAAUUUGUGAAAACUACAGAUCCUGAAUAAAGACAGCACUAGUAAUGUGUCUUUGUCUUCUGGAACUUCACCAUGUUUUAUCAUUGGGAGAGGAAUUAGGCACGGUUGUCUUAUUUCUCCCUUUUUGUUUUUGUUAGUUGCAGAGCUUCUUAAUCUUUAUACAGUAAAUUGUUUGAAUAUUGAGGGCAUCCAGAUUGCAGACCGCACUAUUUUGAUUAGUCAGCUAACUUGCAGACAAUACAGGCCAAAUGCAGGUCCUUAUUAUAUUAGAAGCUUUAAACUGUUUUUGCGCCUCUUUCCUUUCUGUUAACCAGACUAAAUCUGAGAUUAUGACAAUUCAUCAGUCUGAUAUAUCAGAUCUAUUUAAGGUCAAAUAAAACAGUCAGAAAUCUUGGUAUUACAAUUAAUAACUUUUUCCUCUGAAAUAAUUUAAUCAAAUUAUUCUAAAUGUUUACUUAAAGAAAAAGCAGUUUUUAAUAUCUGAUCUCAGCAGAAUCUGACUCUUCAUGGCUGUGUUCUUCUCUCCGAGGAUGAUGGGGAUCUCGAGGCUGUUAUAUAUCCUGCUGUAUGUGAAAAUAAAAACUAUUAUUGGAACUUUUUUUUUAUGUCCUUCAUUG